UCUUCUCCGACCACCUCGAGAUCGUAAUGACCACCGAAGCAGCCAAGCACAGCGCCAUGACCGAAGCGACAGCACUCCUCUCCUGCGAGCUGGGCGCCAUCGACGACACGCCGGACGCGUGGGUCGAGUGGCGCAGCCUCGUGACUCUCUCGGGGCCUGUCAUCUUUACACUCCUUAUGGAGUACCUUCCGUGCCUCACCAACGUCGUGCUCGUCGGGCAAAUGGACUCGCCGCAUACCAAGGCGUACGUCGACGCGGCCUCCAUCUCGGGCAUGUACUUGAACAUUACGUCGAUCUCGGUCGGCCUCGGCAUGGCCACGGCCAUGGACACGCUCUGCACGCAGGCGUACGGCGCGGGCAACACCAAAAAGUUUGGCGUCUACCUCCAAAGCGCGCUUCUCAGUGUCGGUCUCAUACUAAUACCGGUCGUCCUCCUCGACUGGUUCGCGGAGGACGUGCUCUUGGCGCUGGGCCAGGACCCGGAAAUCUCGGCGCUCGCCGGCAUCUUUACGCGCUACACGACGCUGGGUCUGCCCUUUCUCUUUUUCUACGAGCUCGUCAAGAAGCUGUUGCAAGCGUACAACAUUGUGCUGCCGAUGGCGGCGAUGACGGUCCUCAGCAACCUCCUCCACGUUGUCUUGGGCUACUACCUCACCAACUACACGGCCCUCGGGUUCUACGGCGCCGGCCUCGCGCGCAGCGUGAGCUACAUGGCGCUGCCGCUGCUCAUGGUGCCCUACUUCUGCUACAACCCCGUGUACCGCGAGUGGCAUCUCCGCUGCAACUACGCCGAAGCCGUCGCGCACCUGCCCGAGAUCUUCCUCUUUGGUAUCCCUGGCAUGCUCAUGAUGAUGAUGGAGUGGACUGCGUUCGAGCUCCUCACGCUCUUUACGGGGCUCAUGCCGAAUCCCAUGGUCACGAUCGGCGUCAACUCGAUUUUGAUGAACGUCGUCUCGAUCGUGUACAUGAUCUUCAUGGGCAUCUCGGUCGCCGUCAACAUCCGCAUGGGCAACAUGCUCGGCGCCAACAAGCCGCGCCACGCCAAGCUCAUCAUGGCCAUGGGCUACGGCCUCACGUGCGUCGCUGUCACCAUGACGUUUGCGAGCAUCUACUUUGGCCGCUUUCUCAUCCCCGAGCUCUUCCUCCAUGACCCCGAAGUCACGUCGCGCGCGUCGUGGGCCCUCCUGUUCCUCUUGCCGUGCCACGUCAUUGACGCACUCAACGGCAACUCGCAGGGCGCCCUCCGAGCGAUGGGCCACCAGCAAGUCGCUACGUACGUGAACGCCGGGUCCUUCUACUUGGUCGGCAUCCCUGUCGCCGCCUUUUGCGCGUUUUAUUUGAAGUGGAGCGUCGAAGGGCUCUGGGCCGGCUUCACGACGGGACCGCUCACGGCGUGUUGCAUCUACCUCACGCUGCUUUCGCGCGUCAAUUGGUCCGACGUCGCCGCCGAAGCCGUCACGCGCGCCGAGACCGACUGAGAUCUUGGAGGCACUUACUGUUGCGAAAUAAAAUACACACAAGGCCGA